CAGGAGAAGCCGGCAAUGCAGGAGCCGCUGCUGGGAGCCGAGGGCCCGGACUAUGACACCUUCCCCGAGAAGCCGCCCCCGUCACCAGGGGAGAGGACGCGGGUCUGGGCCCUGCAGAACAAGAGGGUUUUCCUAGCUACCUUUGCUGCUGUGCUGGGCAAUUUCAGCUUCGGGUACGCCCUGGUCUACACGUCCCCCGUCAUCCCAGCCCUGGAGCGCUCCUUGGAUCCAAACCUGAGUCUGACCAAAUCCCAGGCAUCCUGGUUCGGGUCCGUGUUCACCUUGGGUGCGGCGGCCGGUGGCCUCAGCGCCAUGGUGCUCAAUGACCUCCUGGGCCGGAAGCUCAGCAUCAUGUUCUCGGCUGUACCCUCGGCGGCCGGCUACGCGCUCAUGGCGGGUGCCCACGGCCUCUGGAUGUUGCUGCUGGGGAGGAUGCUGACGGGCUUCGCUGGGGGACUCACGGCUGCCUGCAUCCCGGUGUACGUGUCUGAAAUUGCUCCCGCAGGCGUCCGUGGGGCCCUGGGCGCCACACCCCAGCUCAUGGCAGUGUUCGGAUCACUGUCCCUCUACGCCCUUGGCCUGCUGCUGCCGUGGCGCUGGCUGGCCGUGGCGGGGGAGGGGCCUGUGCUCGUCAUGAUCCUGCUGCUCGGCUUCAUGCCCAGCUCACCUCGCUUCCUGCUCUCGAGGGGCAGGGACUCGGAGGCGCUGCAGGCACUGGCCUGGCUGCGAGGGGCUGACGCCGACAUCCGCCGGGAGUUCCAGCAGAUCCAGGACAACGUCCGGACACAGAGCAGCCACCUGUCGUGGGCCGAGGCCCGGGACCCCCACAUAUACCGCCCCAUCGUCAUCGCCUUGCUGAUGCGUUUCCUGCAGCAACUGACGGGCAUCACGCCCGUCCUCGUCUACCUGCAGUCCAUCUUCGACAGCACUGCCGUCCUGCUGCCCCCCGAGGAUGACGCAGCCGUCGUGGGAGCCGUGCGGCUCCUGUCCGUGCUGAUCGCCGCCCUCGCCAUGGACCUGGCCGGCCGCAAGGCUCUGCUCUUCGUCUCAGGGGCCAGCAUGUUUGCUGCCAACCUGACGCUGGGGCUGUACGUCCACUUCGCUCCAAAGCCUCUGGCCCCCAACGGCACCAUGGGCCUGGAGGGGGCGCCCCUGGGGGGCACGGGGCAGCCCCUGGCCACGCCCCCCGGCUACCUCACCCUGGUGCCCCUGCUGGCCAGCAUGCUCUUCAUCAUGGGCUACGCCGUGGGCUGGGGGCCCAUCACCUGGCUCCUCAUGUCCGAGAUCCUGCCGCUGCGGGCCCGCGGCGUGGCCUCGGGGCUCUGCGUGCUGCUCAGCUGGCUCACCGCCUUUGCCCUCACCAAGUCCUUCCUGCUGGUGGUGAACGCCUUCGGCCUGCAGGCGCCUUUCUUCUUCUUUGCCGCCGUGUGCUCCGUGAACCUGGCCUUCACCAGCUGCUGUGUGCCCGAGACCAAGGGCCGGUCGCUGGAGCAGAUCGAGUCCUUCUUCCGCAGCGGGAGGGGGUCCUUCCUACGCUAGAGCGGGGCCCCCGCCGUUGAGGGCCAAACCGCUGGGUGGUGGAGCGCGUCGGGGCCCCAAACCCGCACCCCGCGUCCAGGAGGCGGUGUCAACCCGCCGCCAGCCGGGGCACAGGAGGACCGGCCAGAGGCCUCACGGCACGGCACAUGCACCGGCUCUGGGCAGGCAGCACCCCGUCCAGCCUCGGCCCUGGCUCAGGUGGCCCCAGUGUCACCCACUCAUCGGCCAGACCCACCGACGGAGGGGGCAGCCACAUGGCCCAGGGCCAAGGCCUUGUUGGGCGACCUCGGGCCUAGUGUUCAUUCACGCGUGGGGGGCCACGCCCAGGACACACGGGGCUGCUGGUGGUGGGGCAGCUCCGCACAGGGACGCCGGCCCUCCUGCUCUGAUCACCUGGAGGCCAUUGAGCCUCUUGGCUUUGGGGACCAAGACAGGAAACUGGGCCUGUGAGGCCCAUGGACACCGCAGGGACCGUCCUGGACCCCCAAAGGCCAGGACCCAGCGUGGACACUCCCUCCUACACCCACCCGCCUUCUGGCAACAGGAAGCGCUCGAGUUCAAGCCGUGUUCACCCUAUUUAUACAAAUAAAUCAGGCCACGGCCCAGGAGAGGAAGGAGUGGGGUUUACUCCAGGUGGGGGAGCCCCCCCAGCAGCCAGGCUGGACCCACAUUCUCAGCCGAGGUCGCCAGGGCC